AUGGGCGUUGGCAAUUGGAGCGCAAUUUGCGAGCAACUAUUAGGCAAUGUGUCGAACAAGUUUAGUGAUAUCCAGAUAGAAAUGAAAUGGUUGGAAGAAAAUUUCAAUUAUAUCGAUAACUCUGCGAGUAUCGUCGAAAGAGAACAAUAUGCUCGAGCAUUCAUCUUGAGAUCAUUAUGUCGGUGUUCCGAAUCAAAUGCUCAAGCUUCUCGAGGAAGCAAAAGAAAAUGGGUUCGAGGAAGAUGCGAGAUUAGUUUCAAAGAUGGUGGACUGCACAAUGUUGGAACAUUUAAUGUCGAUACUGGGUUCAAAGCCGGUUAUUUGAACGAGUUGGAAAGAAUGCUACAAACGGUUUUACCAAAUGCAAUGUUGAAGGCGAAACCUAAUAUUGAAUCAAGGAUUAGGUUACUUAAAAGGGAGUGGUCAAUCGUCUACGACAUGCUUAAUGGCCAAAACAAUAGCGGUUUUGGUUGGGACGAGCAUAGGCAGCUCGUUGUUGCUGAAGAUGCGGUUUGGGAGUCCUAUUUAAAGAGUCACAAAGAAGCCGCCCAAUUCAGAUUUCGUACUUUCCCUUACUAUGACCAGCUUACUACCAUAUACGCAAGAGAUCGAGCAACUGGGAGAGAUGCUCAAACAGCUGCUGAUGUUCUUGAAGAAAUACAUGCUGAUGAUGUACGUACUACAGAUAUGAAUGAAGAGAGAAACACAUUCUAUGACUGCGAAGCUGACGUCUCUUUAGAUGACAUGCAUGUUUCUGGUACGGAUCCGCGAGGAGAUCGAGACCAAGGGGGUUCCUCAUCUUCAAACAAGAGAAAGAAGAAAUCUGAUGCUCGUGAUAAUGUGUUUUCUUCAUUUAAUGAGGCUGCCACUUUGUUCGGGGAGAAAAUCCAGGCCGUUGGCGAUCAAAUCAGUAGGAGUUUUGCCUCCGAGGUGGUAGUUCAGCAGAAGUCAGAACAACAUAUGGAAGAGAUUUACCUUCGAUUGCCGAUUGGAAUGGGUUAG